CUGCCUUGCUGGUGAACACCAGAGUGUCAUGGAGACCAGACGCCAUAAACAUCAGAGGCAGAGGCCUGAUUGCAUAGCCCCGCCCUUCCUGGGAAACAGAAACUAGCUGUGGCUAUAAGGUGAGGCUGGCCCCAGAGGCAGCUGCAGUCAGAAAACACUCCUGGCCCCAGGAUGGCACAGAAACUCAGCAGCACCCCGGCCAGGGAGCUGGACAAGUUCAUAGAGAACAACCUCCUUCCCGACACCAGAUUCCGAACAGAGGUCAAAAAGGCCAUCAACAUCAUAUGUGAUUUCCUGAAGGAGAGAUGCUUCCGAGGUUCUGUCCACCUUGUGAGGGUCUCCAAGGUGGUGAAGGGCGGCUCCUCGGGCAAAGGAACUGCUCUCAAGGGCAGGUCGGACGCCGACCUGGUGGUGUUCCUUACCAAUCUCACCAGCUUUGAGGAUCAGUUAAGCCGACGGGGAGAGUUCAUCCAGGAAAUUAAGAACCAACUGUAUAAGUUGCAGCGUGAGAGACCUACAGGAGUGAAGUUUGAGAUCCAGAGUUCACCGUGGUCCAACCCCCGGGUACUCAGCUUCAAACUGAGCUCCCCUGAUCUUCAACAGGAAGUGGAGUUUGAUGUGCUGCCCGCCUAUGAUGUCCUGGGUCAACUCAACUACAUCAAGCCUGACCCUCAAAUCUACAUCGAUCUCAUCAGGGAGUGCACCUCCCUGGGGAGGGAGGGCGAGUUCUCCACCUGCUUCACAGAGCUCCAGAGAAACUUCCUGAAGCAGCGUCCACCCAAGCUGAAGAGUCUCAUCCGCCUGGUCAAGCUCUGGUACCAACUGUGUAAGGAGAAGCUGAGGAAGCCGCUGCCUCCCAAGUAUGCCAUGGAGCUGCUCACAGUCUAUGCCUGGGAAUAUGGGAGUGGAGCCACUGAGUUCAACACAGCCCAGGACCGGACAGUCUUGGAACUGGUCACCGAGUACAGGCAGCUUCGAAUCUACUGGACAAAGUAUUAUGAUUUUGAAGACCAAUACAUCUCUGACUACCUGCACAGACAGCUCAGAAGAGCCAGGCCUGUGAUCCUGGACCCUGCUGACCCAACAGGGAAUGUGGCUGGUGGGAACCCAGAAGCCUGGCAGCAUUUGGCUGGAGAGGCUACGGCCUGGCUGGACUACCCAUGCUUUAGGAAUUGGGAUGGCUCCCGAGUGAGCUCCUGGGAUGUGCCGGUGAGAACCUGUCACCAUCCUGUUCCCUUGCACACAGCUUUGGCGGAGGCGGAGGUGGAUGAGAACUGGACAUGUGUCCUCCUGUGA